CAUGAAGAAAACUGGCGAUAGCUGCUCUAGAGACGAACAUGUUGACUCAACGGCCUGGUUAUCUCUCUACAUGUGACCUUCCUGCACACACACGGACCUGAACUGGCCAAAAAAUCAAUACAUGGAUGGAACCUGCAGGCCAUCUGCAGCUUCCCCUUUCCAGCACGUGUUGAUCGAUUAGCCGUAAUAAAUCGCUUCUGCUCGGCUAUGUCUGUGCGUGCGGCGAGCAUCUUGUGAAAUGGAAAGGGAUCCCCAGCUUUGAUCUCAUGGAGAACUUCAACCUUGACCAUUCUCCCAUCGUCCCAACUCUCUCAGAGAAAGCAUCAUGACCUCCCAAACUCUAAUUCCGCUCCCGCUCCCGCUCCCGGUGGUGAUGAUCAGCAAGCCACCACGUCCACGAAGCCAUCUGUGUCUAGUGCCAGCUUGAUUCAUUGGUCACUGGAUGCCACUCGCUGCACAUAUGCUUCCACGAGGCGUCGAUAUUACCUUAUUCAUUCGACAAGUCAUUCCAACCAGUCAGCUCCCAACUCGGGCUUUGCUAUAAGGUCCAACACCGCUCAGCACUGCUUUUCAUUGCAGCGUUGUACCUUGAACGCAAGAGUGGUGGCUUACGAUGCUGACAAGGAAGAUGUAGGCUGACCAUCAGCUGUAUCCGAAAUGGAUUCCCCGGGCAAAGGAAGCGCUAGCAGACGUUAUCGUGAGAACAAAGGAACGUCAUCGGCAUGGGCAACCCCGACGGGAGAAAUGGGCCUUUUCCACCUCCCAAGAAACGCUACCUACCCUACGGCGGCGUGGCCUGUGGGUUGUGGGCUGUGGGCUACGUUAUCGUUGGUGGUUCCAGCUGACCGAGACAGACUUCCUGCCACCUCACGGCAGUUGUUGGCUCCUUCCUUCGCUCCUUCGUGCGCAUAACCCGCCAAGACACGGAGUCUUUACACUCAGCCUUGCAAAUCGAAGACCCUGAGUUCCAGGUUGCCAUUCUUGUUUUGUGUUUCGUUGUCGUUUUUUUUUUUUCUUCCUUUCUUCUCUGCAUCUACCGUCCGGCACCUGAUCUGCAACCUAACCUGCAGGCAAGCUUCACCUCUAGCCUGAUCCUACUCACCUCUGCCGCAGCCGCCAAAAAAAAAAACCCCAUGGCUCGCAAUCCCUUCAAGUUCGGCACCGACCUCUGGGAUCCGUCCCAUCGGUUCGAAAGCUCGUGGAUUCUAUCUCCCUGGGCCCUCUUCUUUUGCCGUGCGCUCAUUUCCCUCUACGCCUUCACAACCCUCAUCUUCGUCCUCGCCUACCAGUGCAUCAACUCGCCCAACCACUGCGGCGCCUCCCAAGCCCAAUUCAGCUACUUCACCUCGCUCACCUACUGGGGCAUAGCCUUUUACUUUUUGUUCGCCGCCAUCCACACCUUCACCUACGCCCGCACCGGCCGCCCCUUGCUCGACCGCUUCCCUCGAUUCUUGCAGGCGCUCCACUCGGCCUUUUACACCACCAUUGUCGUCUACCCUUUUGUUGUCACUAUUGUCUACUGGGCCCGUUUGUUCGACGGCCGUUGGUACAAACUCGCCUAUGAAGGCUGGUCCAACAUCUCGCAGCACGCGCUGAACAGCGUGUUUGCCUUUUUUGAGAUUGUCAUCCCGAGAACCGACACCCCGCCGCCGCUGCACAUCCUGUGGCUGAUUUUUGUGCUGGCGCUGUAUCUGGCGCUGGCCUAUGUGACGGAGGCGACCAAGGGGUUUUACACCUAUGAUUUCUUGGACCCGGAGAAGCAGAAGGGGUGGGUGGCGGUGUAUGUCUUUGGGAUCGCGAUUGGGUGUGUGAUUUUGUUUGGGGUUGCUUGGGGGUUAAUCAGGCUGAGAAAAUGGGUUGCUGAGACGAAACUGGGGAUGGAGGGCAAGUUUGCGGGGGUGAAGAGGGAGAAGGGGUUGGUGGAGAGGGAGAUUGGGGGGAAGGAGGCUAUUGCUUUGAGGGAGGAUGUGUAAUCUUGAGGUAUGGUUACCUAGGCUAGAAAAAGGGUUUCUAGCCAUCCUUUCAUGUCUCUCUUCUUGGCUGGUCUGGGAACGGGGGGUGUUUGGUCGUUAUCGGUCUCUUUCUCCAUCAUUGAAGGCGUUUUGAUUGUUACUGCGUGUGUGAUGGUAUGGGGAAGGAAAACGGGAGAUACCCUCUUUUGUGUGUUGCAUAUAUGUGUAUGAUCCCUGGGUGGACAUGAGUUAGAUAUCAAUGUGUGGUAAUUUAUUUACGACAGGAAUGAGUUGUUGUUGAGGACUGCAGCCUUGUCAUAUGUUUGUGAUGUGCUCGGAGGGGGUGAGAGUACAGCAUGUGGCUGGUGAGCACUUGCACAGCACAACAAGGGUGGGCUAGACAUUGAUAUAUCUCGGAACCAAUUUCCGACGCCGUUACGGUGUAACGAGCAGGCUGGC